AGUAACACAGUUACAAGCAUUUGUGUUGGUUGCGGUCUGGCGGUCGCAAACACAAAAGCACGCCUGCCACGCUAGUUGCUACAGGUGUAACAGUUAGUGAGUUACUAUUAUUGUACCAGUUUUACAGGCUCCGCAACUCUUGCAGCCGUAUGAUGGCCGAAGAACAGGAUUGGAAUAUCCGGGGCUCGUUCGAGUCGCGGCACUGCAUCAGUCCCUUCCAGAAGGUGAUCGACGGCGGUAAAUUCAAACCGAAUCCCGACAAGCAGCUCAUAAAACUGAACGUCGGUGACCCGGCAUUCCACAAGAACCUACCUCCAUCACCGAUUGUUAUCCAGGCUGUGACUGAUGUACUGCAAGCUGGUAAAGAUAAUGAUUACAAAAAAACACCAGGAAUGGCAGAGGCCAGGGUAGCAGUUGCCAAGAAGUUCUCCUACCCCGUCAAUCCGGUUCAUGAAGAUCAUGUCAUCAUAACGUCCGGAUGUGCUCAAGCAUUGGAGUUUGCUCUGACCACGUUGUGUGACCCAGGCACUAAUAUUCUCAUUCCAAAACCAGGCUUCUCGAUGUAUAAAGUCAACACCGAUAGUCGGCAGGUGGAAGAUAGGUAUUACAACCUAUUGCCUGAGAAGUCCUGGCAAGCUGACAUAGAGCAUAUGGAGUCACUGAUAGACGACAAGACCAGAUGUAUUAUUCUGGUGAACCCGUCAAAUCCUUGCGGUUCCGUCUACAGCAAGGAACACUUGCUGGAGAUUGUGGCAGUUGCAGAGAAGCAUCGUUUGCCAAUCAUCACCGAUGAGAUCUACGGCCAAGUGGUGUAUGGUGGUGCUGAGUUCCACGCGCUGGCCAGCCUCACUGACCGUGUACCCAUCCUGACAUGUUCUGAUAUUGGCAAAAGUCAACUUGUUCCAGGCUGGAGGACUGGUUGGCUGAUUCUCCAUGACAACCAUGGCCGACUGGAAGAUGUUCGUGUCUGCUUGAACAACCUGUGGGCACGAAUCCUCGGCUCGUGCGGACCCAUCCAAGCUGCACUUCCUCGUAUUCUCAGCGAGGUUCCCGAUGAGUUCUUCCAGAACACCAACAGACAUUUAGCGGCCACGUCAACAUUAGCGUAUGAGAAGCUCGCCUCAGUUCCGUGUAUCAUACCGACCAAGCCACAGGGCUCUAUAUUCAUGCUGUUUGGCAUCAAGGUGGACCAGCUGGACGGCAUUGCUGAUGAUGUGCAGUUUGCGGAGCAGCUGAUGAGCGAGGAAUCCGUGUUCGUCCUCCCUGGCUGUAUCUUUGCGUAUCCCAACUACUUGCGCAUUGUCUUACUGGCACCGGAAACUCUCAUCUCCGAGGCCAUGGAUCGGAUAGCGGCGUUCUGCCAGCGACGCAUGAAGGCCAAGCUAGCGGAGUAGAACAAGAGACAGAGAGGGCGAUACUGUGCUACUGGGUGUGAGUGCAACGCAGGUCCUGUUGACGGACAAGUAGUCUCCUGGAUAAUGAAUGUAUCUCCAUCGGCACAUGAAGGCCACGCGGGAUGAGCGGGCAGGAAUUAAGUGGUAUACUUGCAAGUACUAAGUUUGAGUGCGGUGUAUAUGUACUCGACGUAGACGCUUCGACGGCCACUCCACUUCCUGCAAAGUAGGUACUGUGGAUAGCCUCAAUCUACUACCGCACUUGAGUGUGAUGUCUACUAGAGGCUUCAGUGGCUAUUGCAUGCUAUUCAGUAUCAUAGACAGCCUCCAAUCCCUAGAAUACGUUGCACACUGUGCGGUGAUGCUUUCUUCUUCAAUUCCUAUUCCUAUUUAAACUGAACUAGUAAAAGUUCAAUCACAUCACACCAUGGAAUUUCUCACUACUCCCUCUCAGUCUUAUGCUAAAUAAUUGCGCACAUUUGACUGUUCAAAAUCGAGUCUGUAGUGCCAGUAGUGGUGAGCUCUAAGGGGUCGUCCAUAAUUAUCGAACUUUUUUCACGAAACGAAAUAAUUUCGUUAUGGGGUGGGAGGGGGUUGACCAAUUUUGUUUCAGAAAACUUCGAUACAUGUACAUGGCCAUAGGAGCAGUGACACCCUUGCGACUUUUGUUGUAUAUGUAUGUAUAUGUCAACAAUUUUUACGUUCUGAGGGGGAGGGAGGGAGGGGUUGGGUCCAAACUAAAAUAAUUCGUUUGGUGAAAAACGUUCGAUAUUUACGGACGGCCCCUAAACGCAUAACUUUAUGCCCCAUUGUUUUCCAUGUUCAAUUUUUUUAAAUUUUUUUCACGCUGAUCAUCACUUUCCGGUCUGACUAGUCAUCCGACCAGACUCAUUAGCGUUCGGGGAGUCUUUCUGGGAGUUAUUCACUGCACUAGGUUGUCCUGGCUGGGUAACUGUGGAUCUACCCGGCAAAGCACUGCUGAAGUAACUUCAGUUAGUAGCGGGCUGUCUGGGUAGAUUUCUAAUACUAUCAUAAUGACUGUACAGGACUGUAUUAGUUUUGAUCACCUUUCUCAUGCUCUGAUGGCCUAUCAAUCAGUCACAUCAAAAUUAUUUACAGUA